AUGUGUGGCAUCAGCGCCAUCCUGCUCGGCGACGUCAAGGCCACCACGGCUGCCGUGGAGCUGCAUGAGAGCAUCUACUACCUUCAGCACCGCGGACAGGACGCUGCGGGUAUCACGGUAUGCCAGGGCGGACGGCUGUACCAGAUGAAGGGCAAUGGUAUGGCUUCCAAGGUUUUCCAGGAGCCUGCCCGUCUCGUCGAUAACCUACCAGGCUUCGCGGGCAUCUCGCAUGUCCGCUACCCGACCGCCGGAACCUCGUCUGCCUCCGAGGCCCAGCCUUUCUAUGACAGUCCUUUCGGCCUGAGCUUGGCCGUCAACGGCAACCUGGUCAACAGCGAGGAGCUUCGUGUCUUCCUCGACCUCGAGGCCCGCCGCCAUGUUAAUACCGACUCUGACUCUGAGCUUCUCCUCAACGUGUACGCCCACGCUCUCCACGAGCUCGGCAAGGCUCGUGCCAAUGCCGACGACAUCUUUGCUGGCCUGCGCGAGGUCUAUGCCCGAUGCAAAGGUGGUUACGCCUGUGUCGCCAUGAUCACUGGCUUCGGCAUCCUCGGCUUCAGAGACGAGAAUGGUAUUCGCCCUCUGUGUCUUGGAUCGCGCCCCUCUGCCACCCUCGACGGCGCGCUGGAUUACUUAAUGGCCUCCGAGUCCGUCGCCCUUACCCAGCUCGGCUUCAGCAACGUCGUCGACAUCCUGCCCGGACAGGCCGUCUUUAUCCAAAAGGGCGGCAAGCCUCAGUUCCGACAGGUUGUCCCUAUGAAGUCUUAUACCCCCGAUAUUUUCGAAAUGGUUUAUUUUUCACGUCCUGACUCUCUGAGCGACGGUAUCUCUAUCCAUCGCAGUCGUCAGAACAUGGGCCGCAAGCUGGCGGACAAAAUGCGGGAAAUUUUAGGCGAAAAGGGCAUCGAAGAGAUUGACGUCGUUAUUCCUAUCCCUGAGACAAGCAACACAUCCGCUUCCGUCCUUGCUAGUUGCUUGAACAAGCCGCUGUCAAAUGCUUUUGUCAAAAAUAGGUACACCUUCAGAACAUUCAUCAUGCCCGGCCAAAAAGCACGCCAGCAGGGUAUUCGCAGAAAGCUCUCGCCCAUCCAUUCAGAGUUCCGUGACAAGAUUGUCCUGCUUGUCGACGACUCCAUUGUUCGCGGUAAUACGUCAAGAGAAAUUGUCCUGAUGAGCAGAGAAGCAGGCGCCAAAAAGGUCAUCUUGGCCUCUUGCUCGCCGGAAAUCACACACCCGCACGUAUACGGCAUUGACCUCGCGGAUCCUAAUCAACUUGUUGCGCACGGGAAGACGAGACAACAGAUUGCCAAGGAGAUUGGCGCUGACGAGCUGAUAUACCAAUCCCUCGACGACCUCAAGGCGGCCUGCUUUGAGGCCAUCGAAGGCGAGACGCAGAUUACCGACUUCGAGGUCGGCGUCUUCUCGGGCAAGUACCAAACGGACGUGCCCGAGAGCUACUUCCAGCACCUGAGCGAGCUGCGCGCCGCCAAGGGCCAGAAGAGGAAGACGCCCGAGGAUGGCGUCGACGGGGCCGACUCCAAGAAGCUAACCCUCGUCGGCAACGGAGGCCCCGUCAACGAGGCCAUGACGAGCCAGGAGGACAUUAGCCUCCACAACUUGUCUACUGGCCGUUAA